AUGGAACAACUUAGGCUGAAAAACACUCUACUGGAGGAUUUAUGGAAGGUAGUUAAAUUGAAUGACUCGCUCCUUUUCCAAAAGUUAAGGGAUAGAUGUAUUAAAGAGGGGGAAUCCAAUACGAAGUAUAUUCACAACAUCGUUAAUUGGAGGAGAAGGGUGAAUGCUUUGCGGGGGCUCUUAAUUGAAGGCAAUUGGGAGGAGGAUCCGUUUCAAAUAAAAAAUGAGGUAAAAACUUACUUUGACGACAUAUUCAUAUCAAGGCCGGACUCUGGCCUAUCUCUUGAUGGUGUUCCCUUCCAUAUGAUCUCAAGGGUGGAGAAGGCUUCUCUUGUUGCAAACUUUGACUUGGAAGAAAUCAGAGCGAUGGUUUGGGAUUGCGAGGGUGAUAGUAUCCCGGGGCCGGAUGGCUUCAACUUCUGGUUUCUUAAAGUUGUUUGGCAUGACAUGAAGAUGGAUAUCAAGAAAGUGGUGGAUGAUUUUCAUAGAAAUGGUUGCAUGUAUAAAAUAGUGGCUAAGCUCCUUGCCAAUAGACUUCGAGGGGUCAUGGAUCAUAUUGAUAUCAACCAAUCUGCUUUUAUUGGAGGAAGACAAAUGAUGGAUAGUGUGUUGGUGGCAAAUGAGGUCAUUGAUGAGGAAAAGACAAGGAAGAGAACUUGUUUAAUCUUCAAGGUGGAUUUUGAAAAGGCGAAUGACUCUGUCAAUUAG